UUCCUCUCUAUAUAUAAGGGAACGGUGAGGGGCUUAAGCAGCAAACGAGAUCUCUCUCUCUCUCUCUCUCUCUCUCUCUCACUCUCUCUCUCUUUGGGUUUUUGCUUCUUCUUCGUGCUUUUGGUGAUUCGGGCAUUGCAAUCGUUGAGAAUGGGGGGCGCGGAAAAUAACGGAACCAACUACGGCGAGUACACCUACGCAGAGCUAGAGAGGGAGCCCUACUGGCCAUCAGAGAAGCUGAGAAUUUCCAUAACAGGCGCGGGUGGAUUCAUCGCGUCCCACAUUGCGAGGCGUUUGAAGAGUGAAGGGCACUACAUCAUCGCUUCCGACUGGAAGAAGAAUGAGCAUAUGGAUGAAGACAUGUUCUGCCACGAAUUCCACUUGGCGGAUCUCAGGGUGAUGGACAAUUGCCUGAAGGUCACUGACGGUGUGGACCAUGUUUUCAACCUCGCGGCCGAUAUGGGCGGGAUGGGUUUUAUCCAGUCAAACCAUUCGGUGAUUAUGUACAACAACACCAUGAUCAGUUUCAACAUGCUCGAAGCUGCGAGGAUCAACGGCGUGAAGAGGCUUUUCUAUGCCUCGAGUGCCUGUAUUUACCCUGAAUUCAAGCAAUUGGAGACCAAUGUGAGCUUGAAGGAAUCUGAUGCUUGGCCCGCCGAGCCUCAAGAUGCUUAUGGCCUGGAGAAGCUCGCAACUGAGGAACUGUGCAAGCACUACAACAAGGACUUUGGCAUCGAGUGCCGCGUUGGGCGUUUCCACAACAUUUAUGGCCCAUUCGGAACAUGGAAAGGUGGGAGGGAGAAAGCUCCUGCUGCUUUCUGCAGAAAAGCUCUCACUUCUACUGACAGGUUUGAGAUGUGGGGUGACGGACUGCAGACUCGAUCCUUCACUUUCAUCGACGAGUGCGUCGAAGGCGUCCUGAGGUUGACGAAAUCGGAUUUCCGAGAGCCGGUGAACAUCGGAAGCGACGAAAUGGUGAGCAUGAAUGAGAUGGCUGAAAUAGUUCUCAGCUUCGAGAACAAGCAGCUUCCCAUCCAUCACAUCCCCGGCCCUGAGGGCGUCCGAGGCCGCAACUCCGACAACACCCUAAUCAAAGAGAAACUUGGUUGGGCCCCGACGAUGAAACUGAGAGAUGGGCUAAGGUUCACAUACUUCUGGAUCAAAGAACAAAUCGAGAAGGAGAAAGGUCAGGGGCUCGACAUCUCCGUCUACGGCUCGUCCAAGGUGGUGCAAACCCAAGCGCCGGUCCAGCUGGGCUCGCUUCGCGCCGCAGAUGGAAAAGAGUGAACCCUACAUAUUACUGAGCUCACCAAGUUCUCUAUUUGGUUCGAGCCAUGUAGUUUGCGAUCCACCUUUCAUUUGAGAUGUUGGCUAAACUUGCGGUGGUAUUCGUAGUUAAAUUUAUGUUAAAAUUUAGCAACUCCGGUUAAAUGAAUAUGUUCUUCUCCUGUUCUUGAGCUCAUGCCUUAGAUGUUUAUGGUGGUAUUGUUUUUUUUUUUAUAUUUAAUUAUUACUAUGGAGGAGUAAUGAGAUACAUUUAUAAUGAAUAAUGAGCUUCAGUGUUGAUCUUAUUCCA